AUUUGCUUAUGCAAUCAGUACUCCGGCCGUUAUAAAGGGCAAGCUAGAGAGUACUCCCAUAAUCACCCAAAGCCCCUUCUCAUCUUUUCUCUUUCUUCUCAACCUGUUAGGCGUAUUUCUUUUCAUUUUAACAAAUGAUGGGGGCAUUAACUUGGCUAUUUCAAAUCCUUCUCUGUUUCUCGCAAUAUCAAGUUGCUUUUUCCUCAUCGUCUCUCCGGCCUUCUUUUGCUUCUUCUGCAAACUACCCCUUGUGUGGUCAUGAUCAGAGGUCUGCGCUGCUGCAAUUUAAGCAUAUGUUUACUAUAAACAGCAGCAGUGCUUCUUCUUACUAUUGUGAUUAUUUUGGUAUUCCUUCACAUCCAAAGACCCUGUCUUGGGAUGAGAAUGCAAGUGAUUGUUGCAAUUGGAAUGGGGUCACGUGCGAUGGGUUGACUGGUCACGUGAUUGGGCUUGAUCUCAGUUGUAGCCAGCUCUAUGGUACGAUGCAUCCCAAUAGUAGCCUUUUCCAACUCUCGCACCUGCAACGGCUUAAUUUGGCUUACAAUGACUUCAAUUUCUCUCGCAUUUCAUAUGCAUUUGGCAGCUUUGCAAGUUUGACGCACCUCAACCUAUCUUGGUCUGCCUUUUCAGGUUCAAUCCCUUCUGAACUCUCCCUCCUGUCCAAACUCAUUUCACUUGAUCUUUCUUCUUAUCCGCUGAAACUUGAACCCCUCCAUUUCAAAAUUCUCGUAAGAAACUUGACCCAGUUACAAGAACUCGUCCUUAAUACGGUAAAUAUAUCUUCUAGUUUACCCGAGUCCUUGACGAAUUUGUCUUCUUUAAAAGCUCUAGACCUGUCGAGGACUAAAUUGUCAGGGAACUUACCUGAUAGCAUUUUCCACCUUCCAAACUUGCAGAGGCUCUUGUUACGAUACAACUAUGAUCUUAUUGUCAAUUUACCAAAAUCAACUUGGGGUAGUGGUAGUUCUCUGAAGGAGUUGGAUCUUUCUUCAACGAAUUUGUCCGGAGAACUACCUGAUUCAAUUGGCAAUCUCAAGUCUUUGAAAUCCUUGGAUCUCCAUCAAACGAGUUUAUCUGGAAAACUACCUGAUUCAAUUGGUUUUCUCAAGUCUUUGAAUUACUUGAAUCUUGCUUUGUGCAAAUUACGGGGUUCCAUUCCUAAAUCUCUGGGGAACCUUACGCAGAUCCGUGAACUAGAUUUAUCGGGAAAUGGUUUUGAUGGUGAAGUCCUAUCUACUCUCUCAAAUCUCAAGCAACUCACUCUGUUAGGACUUUCCUCCAUCAACCUCGAAGGCAGAAUUCCUCUUUUUGCCGAGUUCACAAAGCUGGAGAAUUUAUAUCUAGCGGAUAACAAUUUGAUUGGUGGAUUUCCACUCUGGCUUGCGAGCUUGAAACAACUUAGUAAUCUAGUUAUAUCUAGCAAUCAACUCACAGGUCCCAUCCCUUUCAAUUUAAGUGUUUUUCAAAACCUGUGGGCACUCUUCUCAUAUAAUAACUCUUUUAGUGGGGUAAUACCUCCAUCGUUGUUUACUCUUCCGUCAUUGAGAUAUUUAGAGUUGAGUUCCAAUAAUUUAACUGGUCAAAUUCCUGAGUUCCAGCAUCAUUUACCAAUGGAAUCCAUUGACUUGAGUGACAAUAAACUUCGUGGCCCUAUUCCACAGUCAAUUUCAACUCUUGUAAAUCUGACCUGGCUAUCUCUUGCAUCAAAUGAUCUGAGUGGUGUUGUGGAUCUGCAUAUACUAAAAAAUGUUGAGUACCUUUAUAUUUCCAACACUAAUCUUUCGGUGGUCGCUGGAAGCAAUGUCAACAAUACCCUUCCCAACCUUAGGAGUGUCUAUAUGUCGUCUUGCAACAUUGAGGUGUUCCCUGAUUUCUUAAGAGCCUCAGAGAAUCUUGAAGAACUUGAUCUUUCUACCAAUAGAAUUCAUGGGCAGAUUUUGAACUGGGUUGCGUUCAUUGGUAAGGCUUCACUGCGGUAUUUGAAUCUUUCUCACAACUAUCUCACACACAUAAAGCAAUUUUCCUGGGAGGGACUAGAUACUCUUGAUCUUCGUUUUAAUUUGCUUCAAGGACCACUUCCCAUUCCACCCCCCUCUAUAAGUUUCUUUUUCAUCUCAAACAAUGGUCUUAGUGGAGAGAUUCCUUCAUUGAUUUGCAAUGCGAGUUCUCUUGAGAUUCUUGAUUUGUCUCACAACAAUUUGAGCGGUGCGGUUCCACAAUGUUUGUCAAAUUUUAGUAGUGUUCUCUCGGUUUUGAAUCUGCGCUCCAACGGAUUUACAGGAACCCUUCCCUUGGCAUUUGCAAAGCUCAACCAAUUACGAAGUCUCGAUUUGAGUGGAAAUCAUUUUGAAGGACCACUUCCAAGAUCUUUGGUAAAUUGUAGAAGCUUGGAAGUUCUAAACGUUGGAAACAACAAGGUUAAUGAUACAUUUCCAAAUUGGUUGGGGACUCUUUCUGAGUUACAGGUUCUUGUCGUACGAUCCAACCGAUUUUAUGGUCCCAUAAACACUGUAAUGAGUGAAUUUUCCUUUCCUAAGCUUCGAAUUGUUGACCUCUCCUAUAAUGAGUUCACUGGCCAUUUGCCAGUGAGGUACUUCGAAAAUUUCCAAGCUAUGAAGAACACAACUAUGCCGAGCAAACAAUACAUGAGUGUGGGGGGUAGUUAUUAUCAUGAUUCUCUUGUAGUGACAAUAAAGGGCCUUGAGAUCGAACUGGUGAGAAUUUUGACUAUCUUCAUAACAAUCGAUCUUUCAUCCAACAAUUUCAGUGGAGAAAUUCCAAAUGCCGUUGGAAAGCUCUGUUCCCUCAAAGUGCUUAAUUUUUCUCAUAACAGUCUUACAGGCCAUAUUACUGAAUCUUUGGGAGACUUGACGAGCCUUGAAUCAUUAGACAUCUCUUCUAACCACCUCACUGGCAAAAUUCCAAGCCAACUAACAAAUUUGACAUUUCUCGCGGUCUUGAACCUUUCGUGCAACCGUCUCCAUGGACCCAUACCCAAUGGUCGACAAUUUAACACAUUUGAGAAUGGUUCAUAUGCUGGGAACUUAGGAUUAUGUGGAUUUCCAUUGUCGAAGGAAUGUGGAGAUAAUCAAACAAAAGUACAGCCACCGGUGUUCCAACAUGAGGAAGACGAUUCAGAUUUGGAUGGAUUUACUUGGAAAAUUGUGGUAAUAGGGUACGGGUGUGGAAUGACACUGGGACUCUUUCUAGGAUCUCUCAUGUUCUUACUUGGUAGACCAAGAUUCUUUGUCAAACUUGCUGAGAGAAAGUUGCCUAAGAAGGUGAUACGAUUGAGGAGAACGGUUGCAGACACAAUGGCUAGAAGAAACUAGCAAACAUCGAUUGGAUUGUCAGGUACAAGCAAGGAAGGAAGCUUUGUUGGUGCAAGAGAUAACGUUGGAAUAAAGGAUGGGAAGAUGAGCAAGAAAUUUUUGAGUUUGGGCUGCAUUUCGUAUUAUUGUUGGAGAACUUCUUGUAGUAUGGUGGGUGUGGGUGUUUUGUUUACCCUUCUAGUCUGAUGUCAUUUGUGGUUUGUUUUUUUCCAUCAUUUUCAUCUAGUAAUGAUUUGGUUUCAAAAAAUUUCUUUAGGUUGUAUUUGUUGAAGUGCGCGGAUAUUGUGUCAUAUGUGAAAGCGCAUUUGAAAUCUAUGAAAUGUCUACCUAAAAGCAUGUUGAGCGUGUUAAGACUUUAGAAAGCCUAGUUUUAUUAAAGUAGAUAGACAACUCUCAAUUUUCCUUUCAAUAUCAACUUGUCUUUCUAUAAAUCGAGAAAAGGAGACCUCAUCAACAUACAGGGAUG